CCCCUUGCUAAAGUGGCGGACCAAAGCCUGGACAGCCGAGAACCGUCAGUCCGAAAUCUGGUGGAUGCCCACGUUGUGGCCAGCGCGUUUACGAUGCCGAAAAGGCAAUCGGUUGCCCUGGAGACAUACGCUGUUUCACGGCUGUUCUUUCAGUUGAAGUUCCACAAACGCUGCUUCCGAUGCAAGACCUGCGGCAAGUCUCUCGAUUCUACGAACAUUGCCACGAAAGAUGAUGAAAUUUACUGCAAAACUUGCUACGGGAAGCAAUUUGGACCGAAGGGUUUCGGUUUUGGCCAAGGAGCCGGCGCCCUCAACAUGGGCUAA